AUGCACAUGUCCACACAUAGACUCACCAAAGUCUCUGCUGUGCAUCAGAGUGAGAGUGUCGGCAGAGGAGCAGACACUCAGGGGAGGAAGGCCCCUGGGCGCUCGGGGAGUCGAUCCAGCAACAUCUCCAAGGCCAGCAACUCAACAGCAGGACUUACUACAGCUUCAAGAACAUCAAUCACCCCGUCUUCUCAGGACAUAUGCAGAAUCUGCCACUGUGAGGGGGAUGACGAGUGCCCGUUGAUAAUGCCUUGUCGCUGCACAGGGAGCCUGAGUUUCGUCCACCAGGGCUGUCUCAACCAGUGGAUCAAAUCUUCAGACACUCGCUGCUGUGAACUCUGCAAGUUUGACUUUGUGAUGGAGACGAAGCUCAAACCUUUACGCAUGUGGGAGAGGCUACAGAUGACGAAGAACGAGAGGAGGAAGAUCUUCUGUUCAGUGUUGUUUCACCUGAUAGCAAUAGUGUGUAUGUUGUGGUCAGUCUACAUUCUGGUCAAGAGAACCAUGGAAGAGAUCAGACUUGGGAAGAACGGUGUGCUGGAGUGGCCCUUCUGGACCAAGCUGAUUGUGGUGGCCAUCGGCUUCACAGGCGGCCUCAUCUUCAUGUACAUCCAGUGUAAAGUCUACCUGCAGCUGUGGCGCCGCCUCAAGGCCUUCAACCGCAUCAUCACCGUGCAGAACUGCCCCGAGAAAGGCCUGCACAACUGCCAGGCCCGGCCAAGCGCACUGGCCAACGGUACCCACGAAACUGUGGAGGUUCCGGUCAGCCCGGCCCCCGUCGCGGCUCCAGAGCCACAGAUGGAUUCAGACAUGUCAGUGGAGGACGCGGUGGCGCCGGCCCAAAACCCCGUCUGACUGAUUCUCCUCCCACUCCAGAGUCCUGACUCACACCCUGCUCAUCCGACAACACGAGUUGGUGUGAGAGCGGUGUGAUUUAGAGCCGUACAGUGUUGUAGUGUUCAGCUCCUGUGAUUGCUGAAUCUUGAGACGCACACAAAGGAUGGAUUUUAAAGUCCUUCAGUGAUCAAGGAAAACUGAAAGGCUGAAGGGCUGCAAGUGAAUGUGCAAAGGAAGAAUGUGACAAUGGAGAAAAGAGGAAGUGAGAAGAUGUGAAGGGACAGGAAAACAAAGCCAUCAGCAGGAGAAGUUUGUAAAGACUGUAGUUAUGUGAUAUAUUGAGUUUUAUUCCUGUAUGCACUUUCUCAAACUGCACUGACACGAGUUAAAGGUGUGAAAACCCUGUGGAUGCUAUUACAGGUCUCAGUAUGCUUCAAACAACCUUCAGACGAGGUUCAAAAGCAUUCAUAGAUAUAAAUGUGGUGUCACAGAGACGAUAAAUGAAAAUAAUGUUGCACGCUUUUGUAAAGUCCCUCCUCACAGGCGUUUAUGGCGUUCAGUUGUACACACAGGACGAGAUAAAGUUAGUAGUAAUGUGAAGGAUGGAUAAAAGAGCUUGGGGAAAGAAGUUACCUGAAGUGGUUAAAGGCUCAUGUGAAAGUGGGUUUCAGAUGCUAUUACCACCAAAUUCCACCGGGCACGGGCAUGACAUGUUGUAGCUGCGCCGUGGUGGAGCUGAUCACACCCGUUGUAGACAAUCCUCGUGAUUCCACCAGAAGCGUCUCUCCGCAGAGAAUACAGUGUCGGUCUGUUUUUGACAGCUCAAGCAGCACCGAGCAGAUCACAGACACAGAAACAUCAUAGGGAAUCUGGUAAGUUUUCAAAAUAAAAUACCCUGUGCAGAAUGUGGAUUUAAUUUCAAGCUACAGCGACAUUGUGGCACCAGAAGUCAAUCAGUCAGAGAAGAUUUAACAAUGAGAAGUUCAUCCUGGAAAUGGAAAAACACACCGAUUUGUAUCAUUUUUAAAGGACAAAAUACAACAACAGCGGAGAGACGAGACGCUCUGCUUCUGACACGCGUGGAUCAAGGACCCGAACCACGUCACAGACGCGACGCCAUAAAGCCGCGUCCGGUGGAAUUUCAGAGUUUAGACAAUCCAACAAGCACUUUGUUUGAAGCAUAC